AUGAAGCUGAAAAGAGAAUGGAAUGGAUCAAGCAAGGCGAGUGAACAACAAUAUGGAAGAGAUCAUGCAUGGAGGUUGCUCGCUUCCAUGUGUGUUAUGAGCAGGGGUGCUCAAAACCGUGUUCUACAGGAAUCAAAAGCUUCUGCAGCUGAAAUCUCUGGAGAGCAGCUUGUCGAUCCGGCUCGAAGGACCAAAAUGUUCAGGCAAACGGCUGAAUUGCCUGGGAAAGCUGUGGAUCCCCAACCUCAACGAAAAUCUGGCGUUUUUGCUGACACUGGCUCUUCGGUGGGUGUCAGAGGCGUCGACGCCUGCGUCGCCAGCCAUGCUACACCCAUCGUGGCAAAUACACCCGCACCUCAACACACUGCAACGAUGACGAGCACAACAACGACGACGACCAAGACGAAGAUGACGACAGCGACACCGAAAAAUUCCAACGUGGAGGAUGUCUGCGUUACCAGAAACUAUUCCGCAAACAACAAAAGCCGCAGCACAUGCGACUCAAUGAAACCCCCAACAGGCCAAGCAAUGCAGCAGCUGCCGGCAGUGGCGGAAUCACAACAACGACUAUCAUCAACAAUAAUCGAGACCUCACUGCUCAGUUUAAUGGACAACAGCAGCACCAACAGCAGCAAAACCAAUCGGCCACACUGCACAUCAUCAACAACAGCUUCGAAGAUGAGGGCGAAAUGUCCCAUGAAACCCGAACGCAAACCGGUGACGACCACAACAACAACAGCCGCCACGACGACGACAAUGACGUCACGAGACAAGGAACUGCAAAUGGAGAUGCAACGCUCGCCGGACGUACCCGCAAAAGAUUCCACAUCGACCUGUGCACAGCCCGCAGCAGUUGGCUCGGCCUUAAGUCCUCGCCUAGAGAUGCGUUUGGCCCUCAAUCAGGAUAUAAUGGGGGACGAAGAUUUGAUAAGCUACGAUCCUGGGCCAGAUCUAACAACUAUUCUGGUGCACGACCUCUCAACAUUUCAUCGUCUGACGGGCAGAGAUUUAUUGAAUCGCUCGGCCAUGAAUCGGGUUCAACCAAAAGAGGCUGUCAUAUCGUACUCUCAACAGCGAAACUCGAAGAUGGAUACGCCCACAGUGAAUCGCAGGCCACGACCUCAUCUCAGCAGCAGCAACAACAACAACGGCAGUGCAAUCACCCCCACCACCGGCAUUCCCAUGCCUCCCACGACGACCACAACAAUUCCGGCGGCCUCGUCAAUGCCCUUCGCUGGUUCGGUACGUGUCGCCGACGUUCAACAACACCUGCAGCCAAAUCGAAAUACAUGGAGCAAUUUUGCAUUUGCGGAUCGAAACAGAGACGUGAACGCCAGCGCCGUAAACAGCAAAGACGACAGCAAGCUAAGCGAUCUCGAAAUCUUAGCGAGACGCGAGAAGAUAUACUGCAUGUCUCAAUUGAGGAGUGGCUCACGAGUCAGGACGACGACGACGAUGACGAUGACGUCGACGCGCAUAAUGGCCAGCACAACAACAAUAACAGCGACCGGCAGCAGUUCAUUGAACAAUCCUCUGACGAGGACGACGAGUACUACUUCGAUGGCCGGUGCGAGUGAGGAGCUGGGCAGUGGCAGUGGUAGCUCGCCGAAAAAGGGCCAUACACGCCAGCGUAAAAUAAGUCGCGAUGAGACGGCUCUCAUGGAACGGGCAAGGCUAAUAAGUUAAUAAAUUUCAUAAAACGUCGCAAUUCCGAAAUACCCCCGAGCGCCAAUAACUCACAAACCUCGCUUAAUGAUUCCAAUUCUAGUAGCACGCCUCAGCACAAGCAGACACCGAUGUCGCCACGCAAGGAUAAUGACAAACCGUCACUGAACCGCCGCCUUUGGAAGCAAAUUACAAAACGACGACGUUCUAAUUCUGUUUCCGAACUAGUGGCAUCUUAAGUCAAGUCUGGCAGCACCUUGACCACUUUUGUUCUGCACCCAGCAAUGCAAAAAAAAAACAACCUUUGUGAUGUAAAUCCCGGCCAUGUUUUUUUUCUAAUUUAAAAAAAAGAAAAAAAAAACAGCAAAUCUGAUUCCAAUGCCUAGUUGAACUAAGUAAAUGCGAAUUAUUUUCCCCCAAAUGUUGUAGUGUUAAGUAGAGUGAAGAUGAAGAAGAAAAAAAAUUGUAGGUUUUUUUCAAUUGUAAAAUGAACUGAUUUACUAUUAGA